AGCGAAAGCCCUGAGACCUGGCUACCGUUCAGAAAAGGUCCACUUUCCCCCCCUGCCAGCCUGCAAACACGUCACAGGAUGACCUUAUCCGGGCUAAGCUGCGGGACCCUGGCAGAGAAUUAUCUUAUCUGAUCAACAUGCAAUUUGAAUCCGGGGUUCUGAUUAGUGGGCAGCCCCAUUCACCCUGAGACAUCCCACAUUGCCAAGAGCCCGCCGCGGCCGGGCGAGGACCACCAGCACCGGUGCUUGAGGUGGGAUGAGGUAUAAAUUCGAGGCCAUAGAAGUCAAAAACGGUCUCCGCUGGGACCAAUUCUUCCUCGCAUAUCCAAUCUACGCAGAUUUCGCACGUCAACCAUAACACCGCACCAUGCGUUUCUCCAACGACCUCGCUCUGCUCUCCCUGGCAGUCCUGCCUGCUUUCGCCAGUCCAGUUGACAACAACCAGAGAUUCUCAAUCAGCAAGCGCUGCUGCAUCCUCUGCGACAACCCCUACGCCCGCUGCGGCGCGAACGACAAGCGCGAGGCGGUCGAAACGGAGGAGGAGGCGCUCUUCGGCCCCGUCGCCAAGCGCUGCUGCGUCAACUGCGACGUCAACCGCUGCAAGCGCGACGAGGAGCCCGUGGCCUGGCCGGCGAAGCGCUGCUGCAUCCUGUGCGAUAACCCGUACGCGAGCUGUUUGACGAACGACAAGCGGGAGGCAGUGGAGACUUUGGAGGAGGCUGUUGAGGAGUACUAGGGGUGUCUACAAGUUGGUUUAUUCCUUGUGACGAGAGAUGUGGUGGGAUGGAUUAAACACUCCAUAUCGAUAUUUGCCGGGUGGUUGUGGAACAAUUGAAGUUGGCAUGUCAGAUUCUAGGUCAUGGUAGUCGAACCCUGAACACUAGACACGACUCUCUUACAAG